GUGGCCAUCUGUAACCCUCUGAGAUACCCCAUCAUCAUGAGCAAGGCACUUUGCAUUCAGAUGGCAGCCCUCUCCUGGGGACUGGGCUUUCUCAAUUCACUGACAGAAACUAUACUUGCAAUACGGUUGCCCUUUUGUAGAAAAAAUGUCAUUAACCAAUUUGUUUGUGAAAUAUUGGCCUUUGUCAAGCUGGCUUGCGCAGAUAUUUCCUUGAAUGAGAUUGCUAUAAUGUUGGGCAAUGUAAUAUUUUUGUUUUCUCCAUUAUUGUUAAUUUGUAUCUCCUACAUUUUCAUCCUUUCUACUGUACUAAGAAUCAAUUCAGCAGAAGGAAGAAAAAAGGCCUUUUCUACCUGUUCAGCCCACUUAACAGUAGUGACUGUGUUUUAUGGGACAAUCCUCUUCACAUAUAUGAAGCCAAAGUCCAAAGACUCUGCUUUUGACAAACUGAUUACUCUAUUCUAUGGAGUAGUCACUCCCAUGCUCAAUCCUAUCAUCUAUAGCCUGAGGAAUACAGAGGUGCUUGGAGCUAUGAGAAAAUUGAUGAGGAGACACUGGUUCUGGAGAAAAGGAUGA